GCACAGGGGGUGUUUCUUUGCCCCUCUCCCCUUUUUUUCUCUCCCCGCCGGUCUCCUUGGUCACACACAUGCACACAGCCUCACACACACACACAAACACUGACGAGGGCUCAGUCCCGCUAUGGCCACCACCACCACCGAGGAGAGCUCUCCGGUCCCGGCAACCAUAGCACCCCAGCAGCCCGAAGUGGAAACUAGCGUAGAACCCGGCUCAGCUGCGAAACCUGAGCCCAGCGAGGCCCAACCUGACAGAGAGGAAAAAGAGGAUGAGGAAGAGGAGGAAGGGGGGACUGAGCCAGAGAAUGAAAGAGGGCAAAGUUUGGACCCGGAUUGGGUGGAGGAGAGGUUCAGGAUUGACAGGAAGAAGCUGGAGAACAUGUUGUAUGCUCCAAAGCAUGGAGAUGAUGAGACAGGAGAGGAGUUUUUUGAGAGAGUGAUGAGAGAAACUGACACUAAGGUGAAAUGGCCAUCGAAGCUGAAAAUUGGCGCCAAGUCAAAGAAAGAUCCACAUGUUAAGGUGGAAGGGAAAAGAGCCAAUGUUUUGGAGGCCAAAAAGAAGAUACUAGAAGUGUUGGAAACACGGGUGAACAAGGUGACUCUAAAGAUGGAUGUGGCCUAUACAGAGCACUCCCAUGUGAUCGGGAAGGGUGGUGGAAACAUCAAAAAGGUGAUGGAGGUCACAUCUUGUCACAUCCAUUUCCCUGACUCCAACCGACACAAUGCCACUGGAGAGAAAAGCAACCAGGUCUCCAUUGCUGGGCCCAUAGAAGGAGUGGAGGAUGCCAGGAGAAGGAUAAGAGAUCUGCAGCCAUUGUCCUUGACUUUUGACCUCCCAGUCAGCCUGGUGCCCCAGACUCUGCCAGAUGUCGGUUCUCCGCUCAUCCAGCAGGUAGUGCAGACAUUUGGGGUCAAUGUGAGCUUCAGGGCAGUUCCACCCCAUCCUCAGGCGCAACCCACCUUCUAUGAAAGCUGCUGCACCGUCUGGGGCCUGCAGGGCAACACAGCUGCUGUCAAGAAAGCAGCCUGCAUACUGAUGGACCUGCUGCUGGGUUCAGAGGUCAUAGUGAGCAGCCAGCUGGAUGUCACCUCCCAGCAGCAUCUCUUCCUUUUGGGGCAGAAUGGAGCUCACUUCCUGAGUGUCAUGCACCAGACCCAGACCCAGAUCAUCCUACCAGACCUCAGUGCUCCACAGAGCCCUCCUUCACUGCUCAUUCAGGGCAGCCCUGAUGGAGUGUGUCUGGCUCGGCAGCAGCUCAUGGACUGUCUGCCUGUGUGUUUGAUGUUUGACAUGCGUGAAGAUGGCGAGGCAGAUCCUUGUAAACUGGCUCAGAUGAUGCAAAACCUGGGAGUCUUCAUUAGUGUCAAGCCCAAAGUAAAACAGACCAGCAAGUCAGUGGUGGUGAAAGGUCUGGAAAGAAACAUCUCCUGUCUUUAUGAGUCCCGUCGUCUGCUCCUGGGGUUGGAUUCCUGUGAGACUGCCAAGGUAACCGAAAUGACCCCUGACCCCACGUUAGCUGGCAGCGGGCUAACCAACUACUGGUUCAACAUGUUGCUGCAGCAGCUUCGUCUCUCCGAGCAGGGCUCUGGUGCUGCUCCCUCUCUAGAGGUGCUCAGUGGUACAAAACCCCGCCCCUCCCCUCCACCAGGUCUCACCCCUCCUGCAGACGAGGGGAGGACAGGACUGAAGGCAACAGACAGCAGGCCACUGGAAAAAAUCCUAGAAAAUGAUGACCUGUCUGGCCAAUCAGAAGAUGAGAACUCAAAGGUUGUGGUGAUGUCAUCAUCUGAGGUAUGUGAUGCAGUGAGCAGCACCAGCAGGGUGGGACUGAUGGCUCGGAGGGGGAGUCUCCAGGGUCCUGAAAUUACCAAAGCUUUUAUCCAAGGCAGACGUCAUUCAACAGGGCAGGCGCUAACGUACAGAGUGCUGAACCCAGAGUCUGAGGAAGGCAGGAGUGAGCGGAGGAACAGCCUAAGGAGAGACGUGAUGCUGCCUCAGGACGUUCGUGCUGAGUCAUCCAAGGCCGAGGAUUAUGAUUAUGAGAAGAAGAAACUUCUGGCAACCAGAGCCAUGCAGAGGAAACCCGUGGUCACAGAGGUGCGGACGCCCACGGACACCUGGAGUGGCCUUGGCUUCUCUAAGUCCAUGCCAGCUGAGGCUGUCAAAGAGUUGCGCAACAUCAGCCGACGCUGCUACAAGCCGUACCUGAGCACCAUCAACAGCCGACAUCAGUCAUGGGCCGCUCAGACAGGGAAGGUGUAUAACGGGAGCGACUCUGAGAACUGGAGGGACAGACGUGGUUCCAUGUCUUCAUCUUUGCCUGUCUCUUCCUCUUCCUCCUCCUCCUCCUCCUCCCUCUCCUCACCCCCAUCUAAUUUCUCCUCAUCCACUUCCUCCUUCCCUGCAUUUGUGUCCUCAGUGAACAGAGGCAGAGAUGACAAAUCCUCGGAGAGCUUCCUGAGCAACGGCAGCUACUUUGAUGGCGUUUGCUCAUUGAGGAGGGCGUCAACCUGCAGUCAGAGGAGCCCCUCCCCACAAAUGAUAGAUGAGCUGCCUGAGCUGCUGAACCAACUUGGCCUCAUUAAAUACAUUGAUGUCUUUGAACAACAAGAGAUUGACUAUCAGACAUUCCUCACUCUGUCUGAUGAAGAUUUGAAGGAGGUGGGUGUCUCCACCUUUGGAGCCAGACGCAAAAUGUUACUGGCAAUCUCAGACCUUAACAAGAGCAAGAGGAGGCUCUCAGAUACACCUGCAGUGAAGCCUGGCUAUCUGGAAGGUGGUGCUAGUGGUCGACUGCCACGAAUUAUGGAUCUGGAAGUUGCUGCGCAGAGUAACCGCUGGUGAGAGGAGACUCCAGCCAGUUCUGAGCGCCAUUUGACUCGCGUGGAGCUAUUCAGCCUGCAAAAAAAAAAAAAAAAAAAAGUAUACAGAGAUGCUGUUGCCAGUGCAGAGGUCUAAUUUGCUUGUUAUUUACUACAAGUGGAUAAGCAUGAAAUUGCCCUGAGGAGCAGCAAA